AUCGCGAGACGCUGCGCUGCUUCACCUCCGGAGCUGCUCGCGCUCGACCCGCACCGCACGAGGCGCCCGUUAAGACUCACGGACUCGACCGGAGACGUUCCGAGGCGGUCAGAUUUUAAAAGGAAGAAAAUAAAGAAAAAAGGUAAAAGAGGACAAAAACACGGAACGCGUGACCACCUCCGCCGCCUCUUUUCCCUCCUCGCGCGCAGUUUUGGCCGCGAUGGACCGGCGGCUCCCGUUAAUCAGGAGCGGAGGGGAAAGUGCGCGAGCUCACCGGAAACGAGCGAGAAUGCACCUGCUCAACUAGACAAGGCGGUGAGUGGAACACAGAGGCAAGGAAUUGGAGUUGAUCUGGGGAGCUGGUGUGAGAGAAUCAUCACUGGGAUGAUGGAAAUAAGGUGGAGGUCUGCAUGGCUCUUGCAGCUCAUCCUCCUGGUCGUCUUGGUGACGCUGUCAUGCCGACCAGUGUGUGGUGGUACCCGUACUCACACAGGUCAGUACCAGGUAAAGCAGGGUACCUGUGAGGUCGUGGCGCUCCAUCGCUGCUGCAAUAAGAACCGGAUCGAGGAGCGCUCGCAGACCGUCAAGUGUUCCUGUUUUCCUGGACAGGUCGCUGGAACGACACGCGCUCAGCCGUCCUGCGUGGAAGCGUCCAUCGUCCUGCAGAAAUGGUGGUGUCAGAUGCACCCGUGUCUGGACGGGGAGGAGUGUAAGGUUCUACCAGACCUCACAGGAUGGUCCUGCAGCACGGGCAACAAAGUCAAAACCACCAAGGUCACGCGAUAGCGAGAACACGGCUGCCCCCUCAGCUCCAGGAGAUCUCAGAAUCUUUAACAUGGAUUUCUAUUCUGGGAAAAGUAGCCUGAUUACACCGGAUAUCACCCAGGCUGGGAAUUUAGCAAACAACGGACAGACAGACAGACAGACAGACAGACUGAUGGAUGGAUGGAUGGAUAUACCAUGUUAUAAACUCAAAGUGAUGAAAAGACAUGAUGAAGGACAACAUCUAUUUAUACAAAAAACAAAAAAUGUAAAUCGAUAUAAAUAUCCAGUGGUGAAGGAUGUGGGCGGAGACUUCUCUAAGUUAAACACUUGAACUCCUAGAGGAAUGUGGCAGAUUUGCGGGGGACUGUACGGAAGAUAGAUUCAACCUUGGUGAACGCGUGUGUGUGUGUGUGUAUGUGUAAAUGCAUACAGCCGUGUGUUUGUGCAUGUAUAUAUGUGCAAACACGCACUUGUGUGCAUACAUACAUAUAUGUGUGUGUGUGUGUGUGUGUGUGUGUGUGUGUGUGUGUGUGUGUGUGUGUGUUUGUCCGUGAGCCAAGAAAACCUCCAAGGUCCCGAGCGAGAGGAUACAGAGAUCCAUGCGAGAGCACGGCGAGCACAUCAAUCACACCCCAGUCUUUACAGACUCUUAAUUAGAGUUGCUAAAUAGGGUCAGAAGAAUGUAUGAUAUUAGCACUUGUUAGAAAUCAGUUUGGAGAAUAAUUUUGUUUUUGUCUAGAUAGUUCUUUAUCUUCAUGUCACACGAGGUCCUGAGGGAAGCGUGAUGUAAAUACAUUAGAAAAAUACGCCGUCGGUUGGACGCUGAUAAAAUACAAAGACUUGUGAUGGA